AUGGGGAAUCUACCUUCACCUAGAGUGACGCCCGCUCGACCCUUUUUGAACACGGGGGUGGACUACGCCGGACCCGUAUGGCUGCGUGCCUCGAAGGGCCGAGGUCACCGGGCGAGCAAGGCUUUCAUCACUGUCUUCGUCUGCCUCAGUACCAGAGCGGUGCACCUGGACGUGGUGUCGGACUACACUGCGGAGGCCUUCCUCGCAGCUCUGCGUCGCUUUGUCGCUCGCCGUGGCCUUUGCCAGGCCCUCUACAGCGACUGCGGCACCAACUUCGUCGGUGCCGACGCUCAACUCAAGGCCUUGUUCGCCGCCUGCAGUCGGGAGGGACAGUGCGUCGCCGCUCGACUAGCCGAGCAGCGAAUCCGAUGGCACUUCGGACCGCCAGCCGCUCCCAACUUCGGUGGCCUCUGGGAGGCCGCCGUGAAGGCGAUGAAGGGCCACCUACGUCGCGUGAUCGGCGAGGCUACGCUCACUUAUGAGGAGAUGGCCACGCUUCUCUCCCAAGUAGAGGCGUGCCUCAACUCUCGCCCGCUCCAGGCCAUCUCGGACGAUCCUGAGGACCUCUCCGCGCUCACCCCCGGACACUUCCUGGUGGGAUCGGCGCUCAACGCUGUUCCGGAGCCGUCUCUAGCUGAGGUGCCGAUGGGCCGCUUAUCCCGCUGGCAGAUGCUGCAGAAGAUGAGAGACCAUUUUUGGGCGCGCUGGUCCUCAGAGUACCUACACUCCUUGACGCACCGCCCCAAAUGGCUCAAAGCCAGCGAGGACAUCCGAGUCGGACGUUUGUGCCUGCUGCGGAGUGAGACGACGCCACCGAAUAGGUGGCCGCUUGCUCGAGUCGAGAAGUUGUUCCCGGGAGAUGACGGGCACCUCCGUGUUGUAGGGCUGCGCACGGCGACGUCGAGUCUGAAGCGGCCAGUCAGCAAGCUGGUCCUCCUCCCCGACAGCAGCGGCUAA